AUGAAUAAUAAUAAUAGUAAUAGUAGUAGUAGUAGUAGUAGCAGUAGUAUGAGCAGCCACAAUUCACUUUCAAACAGUAGUGGUAUAAAAAGAAGAUUAGAGUUGGGAUUAGAGGAUCUGCCAAUGCCUGGCCAAAUAAAAUUCCCAUACCUUCCAAACUGUAUGGAUAGUAUGUCUCACUCGUCUUCCUCCAAUUCUACAUCGUCUGCCACAUCACCACAGAACUUCCCAUCUAUUCAACAACAAUUAAAGGCAUUCUCACAUCAUUCUAUAGAGUCACUACCAUCACACAGCGAUUUACCAAUGUUUUCAUUACACCAACACCAUCACCGUAAUAGUGACCAUCAUAGUCAACAACAUAACCAUCACCCUCAUCAUCAUCAAAGCAAUAUAUCAACAAAUAUCUUAAAGGCAUUGAAAACAUCGCCAAUCACCGAUGUCCUCCACAAUCUGCCUUGCAAUCAACCCGAACACUGUGACUGCAAACAACACCCACAUAAAUCAUUGCUUCCACUCGGCUUGAGCAGCGAGAUCGAAAAUCACAGCAAUCACGACGAUUCUCACGAUGAGGACUCGUAUGACGCUGAUGAUGAAGAUGAGCAUCACGAAAGUGGCGGUAGUGGUACCGGUUUCCUCUCACCUCGCAACAUCACUCCAUCGACCACUCCACUUGGUGGAAGCGGCGCACAUACCUUUGGCGGUACCAACAGUCCUACAAAAUCAACUGGUUGUUCAUCGCAAUGUAACGACGCCAAUCACACUCAUAACAACAACAACAACCCCAAGAUAACCAAAGAAAUGGAUAAUCAUAUCAAGUUACUCACAUCACUAGGGGAGAAUCCCGCUUGUCCAAAUUGUAAUAUACCAGCAACCAGACGUCACGACAAGAGAAGAUGGUGGUGUAAAAACUGUACCAAAUCAUUCACACCAUUCCGUAAAGGAAAGAAACUCGAUGCCAAUGGUGAAUUCAUCGGCAACACCGCUCCACAAUGCGGAAGGUGCUUCCAACAAGCAACAAGAAAACAUGAUAAGCGAAGAUGGUGGUGCAAGGUUUGUAAAAAACCAUUUACUCCAUCACAAUUUAAUCUUGGUGAUAAUUCUCAUAUUAUAUUUGUAAUGGGUGCCAACUCUAAUAAGUCUGGCGACGAGAAGUCACCAACAACUGGAAACAGUUGUUCUAACCGCACUGACUUGGAAGAGAUCACCGAGGAAACUAACGUCACUCACGGCAACACAAAGAAAUUCAACUCCAAGAUUGAAUUGCUUUUGAAUCCAGUCAACCAAGAGAAGUCACCACAGUCAUCUGCUACAAGCACUCCAGAGACCAACGAAAAAGAUGAGCUACACCAAAUGAAUGAGAUUAAGAAGCUGCGUUCAAAGUAUGGUGAUCACAAUCUACUUGAAGAGGAUAUAAUGACACUCAAUACUUUGCAGAACUUCCGUAAUUUCUUUAAUGAAAGUGGCUCCAAGUCUUUGCCUAUCACUGAUAUCACCAAGACAACGACUUCAUCGCCCAAGCCAACGACGACGACGACGACGCCACUGACGACGCCGACGCCGACGCCAACGUCCACGCAACACCCCAAUAAUAAUUCGUCACCAGUAUCAUGUACAGCUCAACAACCACCUAUGCAACAAAGACCAAAGUAUAACUCACUGAAACUUACAAACAGUUACGAUAUCAUUGAUAAUGAUGAGGUUGUAAAGGAGGGUCUUAGAAACUCGCAUCAUCAUCAACAACUCCACCAUCAUCUCAACAAUUUAAAUACAACACUGCGUGAUCAUGCAACAACAAGUAAAGCUGGAGUUGCUUUUGAUCACCGCCGAAAUGUUUCACCAACUCACCAAACACCAAGCAAUUUGCCAACCUCCUCACAAAAUACUGGUGCAUCCAAAACAGUCAAAACACCGAGUGAAAUGAUAUUGGACAACUCAUUUGAGGCAUUGGUACAACUAAAUGGUUUAGAGAAAUCACAACAAAUUCUUUACGAUUGGCUGGAAAAGAGUCAAUACACAUUUUUAUUUGAAAAGAUUUUACAUCCAGAAGUCUACAAACAUCUGAUGUAUUCCAAAUCUCAAAACUAA